AUGUUGAGUAUCAAUCAACAACAACAGGAGAAGGCAAAUUUGAGACAGCCAGAUGAUGGUGGUGAUAAGCAUCUGGAUGAUCAUGUUAUAGUAUUGGGUAGUAGUGGUGAUAGUAAGGAUGAGGCCAAUGGCUUCCAGAUUACUGGAUCAGAAUCAUCGGACAACAUUGCCACUCAUUCAGGUUGGAAUUAUGAUGACGACGAAGUCAACAAACCAAAACAACACCGUCCUGCUACGGCAUCCACAGACAUUGACCAACUGCUCAAACAAGGAUUCCAAAUCGAUGAUCAAGACCCUGGUAAUAGCAAGGGCAACCUUAUGAAUGACCAACCGUUGAAGAACGACAAUGACGUGGGCGAGCCCGGAUCAGACCAGGAGGACCCUUUGUUGGCUAUUCUACGGGCAUACAGGCCUGGACCUGGACGACCAAAGAGGAGUGACUUUGCCACCGCCAGACAAGCCAGCCACAAGGAGAAGAUAGAGCGACAGAGAUUGAAUGAUAGGGAGCAGAAGAUUCUCUAUGAUAAAGUACGCAGAGAGUAUCGUUUGGAAAAGAUUGCUGUCCUCACCAAGGAGCUGGACGAUGAGGGCUGGAUCAAGAGAUUCGGCUACGCCGCUGUGCCCAAGUUACCAGACUACAGUCCGCCGCCAGCCAGCCAAUGGCCCGCGCUGUUUUCCGACACUGCUUGGAAGAGUGACCCCGCGCUCAACCCCUACUGCCUGCCCCGUCCACUGAUCUUCAUCCACAUACCAAAGACGGGCGGUACCAGUCUCGUCGACAUCUUUGAGCUGAACGCCAACAACACACUCUAUCACAAUGUCGUCCAUCCGCCCAUCCAAGACAUCCCGCGAGUCAUGAACUCCUCGGUGCUCUUUGGCCACUUCCAUUUCGGCCUCCAUCAUUAUUUCCACGAGGCCGACCCAAUUGCCAUACCAGACCGCCCUGAUGGUCUGAAUAAGUACUCAUACCUGACAAUGUUCCGAGAGCCAGUCGAGCGUGUAAUCUCACACUACUACUUCCUGCGUGACAGCAAGACACAUCCACUGCACGCAUCCGCCAUGCGCUACAAUAUCACCGAGUGGAUGGUUCGUCAGCCAGCGGCGGACAACGAACAGACACGAAGAUUGCUCGGAUCCAGUCGUCAAGUACCCUUCCGCGAGGAUGCCCUCGAGAUUGCAAUGCACCAUUUGAAGUAUUCAAUCAAGUUUGUUGGCCUGACAGAACGAUUCGAUGAGUCGAUGGUUAUGCUUUCAUAUUAUACUGGCUUUGAGCAUGUGAUGCCAGUCAGGAAGAAUGUUGGCAGGGCCAAGUCAAAGAUAGAGGUAUCAGAGACUACAAAGAACACAAUACGCAAGCUCAAUUGGAUGGAUGUAAUCAUCUAUGAGAGGGCAAAGGAGAUUUUCGAGCUACAACUUGAUGCCAUUGGAAGGGAUUACAUUCAAGCAGAGCUCAACUUUAUUCUGGAGCAUAACGUCAACAACAACAACAGCGACAACAGUGACACAAAUAACCAAGAAAUCGUCAUCACCACCGACGAUAACAACACAGACAACACCGACGAUAACAACAGCACUGACGACACCGAUGACAACACUGAAUUGAACACGCUGUCACCAUGA